CUCUCGAUUAGGGUUUUCCUUUAGUUCUCUCUGUGGAUUGAUUCUACUUUCCCCAUAAAAUUCAUCUUUCUAUACCCUUUCUUUGCAAUCAAUCGGGUUACACCAAGUUAAGAAACAAAAGUUUUCUUGAUUUAUCAAAUUGAUUUUUUGAGGGUUUGUCUGAUUUGGUGGAAAUUGGGCCUUUUUUUGGGGGGUAAAACCAGGUACUGUGUGAGGGAUUAUACGCGGAAGAGGACGAUGAUGAUAAGUAUUUGUUGUUUCUUCGAUCGUCGUUGAUCGUUGAUUCGAAAGGUGGGUUUGGGGUUUUGUAUGGAAACUCGUAGCCGGAAGAGGGCGGAGGCCACCUCAUCAGCCCCAUCUUCUUCAUCGUCCGGCGGUCCCACCACUCGUUCCAACAAACGCACUCGUCUCUCUUCAACCACCUCCUCUGCCUCCCCAGCAGCCGCCGCCGCAGCUUCCAACGUCGUUGUUCAAUCAGUCUGUACUCGUUCACGCGCUUCUAACAUGGAUACCAACACAAACGAGCCGUUCGCUUCCGGGUCUGGGUCCGGGUCGGGUCGUACCCGUCGCAGUGGGAAGAACAUGAAUAACCCGAAUGUGGGACUGGACAAGGAUAAUCUGGAUAAAGGCAAAGAGAAAGAGAAUGAAGUUAGGGUUAGGCAUAGAGAUAGAGUUAAUAACAGAGACAACAAUUUAGGACUUGAUAAAGACCGUGGCGGAGCUGAUGAUGAGGAUGAUGAGGAUAAUGACAGCGAUGGUGGCGGUGUGGGGAUGUUACAUCAGAAUUUGACUUCUGCCAGCAGUGCAUUUCAGGGUUUGUUAAGGAAACUAGGUGCAGGUUUGGAUGACCUGCUCCCGUCAUCAGCAAUGGCGUCUGUUUCCUCAUCUCAUCAGAAUGGACGGCUAAAGAAGAUUCUUUCCGGUUUACGAGCUGAUGGGGAAGAAGGAAAGCAAGUUGAGGCGUUAACUCAGUUGUGUUACAUGCUUAUUAUAGGAACCGAGGAUUCACUAAGCACUUUCUCGGUUGAUUCUUUUGUGCCUGUGCUUGUUGGUUUGCUUAACCAUGAGAGCAAUCCUGAUAUUAUGUUGCUUGCAGCUAGGGCACUCACACAUUUAUGUGAUGUGCUACCGUCUUCAUGCGCUGCAGUUGUGCAUUAUGGUGCGGUUUCUUGCUUUGUUGCUAGAUUGCUUACGAUCGAGUACAUGGACUUGGCUGAACAGUCCUUGCAAGCUCUUAAGAAGAUAUCUCAGGAGCACCCAACUGCAUGCUUGCGGGCAGGCGCACUAAUGGCAGUGCUUUCGUAUUAUGACUUCUUCUCUACAGGAGUCCAGCGUGUAGCAUUAUCUACUGCUGCAAAUAUGUGCAAGAAACUACCACCUGAUGCAGCUGAUUUUGUCAUGGAAGCCGUUCCUUUGUUGACAAAUCUUCUUCAGUAUCAUGACGCCAAGGUUUUGGAGCAUGCAUCAGUUUGCUUGACUCGAAUCGUAGAGGCAUUUGCCGCAUCAUCUGAUAAGCAGGAUGAGCUUUGCAACCAUGGGCUGGUUACACAAGCUGCCUCACUCAUUUCAACCAGCAGUUCUGGAGGUGGACAGGCAUCUCUCAGCCCAUCUACAUAUACGGGCUUAAUUCGAUUGCUUUCAACCUGUGCAAGUGGCUCUCCUUUAGGAUCAAAGACUUUGCUGCUUCUUGGGAUUAGUGGCAUUCUCAAAGAUAUAUUAUCAUCUUCUGGGCUUGCUGCAACCAUGUCUGUAUCACCUGCCUUGAGUAGGCCACCAGAGCAGAUAUUUGAGAUUGUGAAUUUGACAAACGAGCUUCUUCCUCCAUUGCCUCAAGGAAUCAUCUCUCUUCCUGCCAGUACUAGCUUAUUUGUCAAAGGGUCUCUUUCAAAGAAGUCACCUGUUGGCGGUUCUGGCAAGCAAGAAGACAAUAGUGGUGGUACACCAGAGAUCUCGGGCCGAGAGAAAUUAUUGACUGAGCAACCUGAGCUUUUGCAGCAGUUUGGGAUGGACCUUCUUCCUGUUCUAAUUCAGAUGUAUGGGUCAAGCGUGAAUGAACCUGUGCGUCACAAAUGUCUCUCGGUUAUUGAGAAAUUGAUGUACUUCAGCACAGCAGAUAUGAUCCAGUCUCUACUUGGUGUUACAAAUAUAUCAAGUUUUUUGGCGGGAGUUUUGGCAUGGAAAGACCCACAAGUCCUAUUGCCUUCUCUUCAAAUUGCAGAUAUCCUAAUGGAAAAGCUUCCUGAGACUUUCUCCAAGCUGUUUGUGAGAGAGGGGGUGGUUCAUGCUGUAGAUACACUGAUUUUGGCUGGGUCAUCUGGGAGUGCUCUUUCCCAACCAUUAUCAACUGAAAAGGAUAAUGAUUCUACACCUGGAUCAUCCUCACGUUCUCGACGCUAUCGACGACGGAUUGGGACUUCUAAUGCAGAUAUACCUUCUGCUGAAGAUCACAAAAACUCGGUCCCUGCUGUUGGUUCACCUCCUAAUUCUGUUGAAGUUCCUACUGUCAAUUCUAGUCUCCGGAUGGCGGUGAGUGCAAGUGCAAAGGCUUUCAAAGAUAAAUACUUCCCUUCAGUUCCUGGAGCUGCUGAAGUUGGGGUUACCGAUGAUCUUCUACAUUUGAAGAAUCUUUGCACAAAGUUGGGCGCUUCUGCAGAUGAGCAUAAGAUAAUGUCCAAGGGGAAGUCUAAAGCUUCUGUACCCCGGCUUGUUGAUUUUUCACCUAGCAAGGAAGAGAACUUGUUAAGAGUGAUAACUGAGAUGCUAGCGGAGCUAAGCAAAGGGGAUGGUGUCUCCACAUUUGAGUUCAUUGGAAGUGGUGUUGUUGAUGCUUUGCUGAACUACUUGUCUUGUGGAUGCUUUUCCAAGGAAAGAGUGGCAGAAGCGAAUUUGCCUAAGCUGCGUCAACAAGCCAUUAGAAGAUACAAGGCGUUAAUAGCAGUUGCCCUUCCCUCCGACUUCGAUGAAUCAAAAUUGGCCCCCAUGAGUGUUCUAGUUCAGAAGCUUCAAAAUGCGUUGACCUCAUUAGAGCGUUUUCCAGUAAUGCUGAGCCACAGUUCUAGAUCCUCUACUGGAAAUGCACGCCUCUCUUCUGGUCUGAGUGCAUCGCCUCGGUCAUUCAAACUGCGCUUGUGCAGAGCGCAUGGUGAAAAAUCUCUUCGUGAUUAUUCGUCAAAUGUUCUCCUCAUCGAUCCUUUAGCGAGCUUGGCAGCUGUUGAAGACUUCCUCUGGCCCCGGGUUCAACGCAGCGAAUCUAGCCAUAAGCCUUCUGCUUCUGUCGGGAACUCAGACUCUGGGAAUGCACCUCUAGGAGGUAGCGCUUCAUCACCUUCUUCGACUCCUUCAGCUACCCGUCGUCACUCCACAAGAUCCAGAUCAUCAAUUAAUAUAGGGAACUCAGCUGGAAAGGACACACCAGUAGAGAAAAAUGCAAGCUCUUCAAAGGGGAAGGGGAAGGCUGUCUUGAAGCCAGCUCAAGAUGAGGGGAGAGGACCCCAUACAAGAAAUGCUGCUCGAAGAAGGGGUGCUUCUGAUAAAGACACUUCGAUGAAAUCUGUUGAUAAUGAAUCUACAUCUGAGGACGAGGAUGUAGAUAUAUCACUUGUCGAAAUUGAUGAUGCAUUGGUAAUUGAAGAUGAUGAAAUAUCUGAGGAUGAUGAUGACGAUCAUGAUAAUGCAUUGGUGCUUAGGGGUGAUUCAGGUGCAGUUUACAUGCCAUAUGUUCACGAUGUUAAAUUGCCCGACUCUGCUGAGGAUAGUCCUGCCGGUCCUGCAACAAGUGAUAGCCAGACAAAUCCAGCUUGUGGUUCUAGCAGCAAAGGAACUCCAGCUCAGGGCUCAGACUCCACAGAGUUUAGGGGUGGAAAUUCGUUCGGUUCAAGAGGUGCAAUGUCAUUUGCUGCUGCUGCCAUGGCUGGGCUUGCAUCAGCAAAUGGUAGGGGUAUUGGGGGAGGUAGAGAUCGUCAUGGGCAGGCCCUCUUUGGCUCCAAUGAUUCUCCCAGACUGAUUUUUUCUUCAGGUGGUAAGCAACUCAACAGACAUUUAACCAUCUAUCAAGCUGUUCAGCAACACCUUGUCCUGGAUGAGGUUGAUGAUGAGAGGUAUAACAGCAGUGACUUUGUAUCUAGCGAUGGUAGCAGACUAUGGAGUGAUAUCUACACGGUCACCUACCAUAGAGCAGACAGCCAAAGCGAUAGGACAUCAGUUGGGAACGUAAACUCAGCAAAAACAACUAGAUCAUCCAAAGCUGGGUCUACCUCGAAUUCCAAUGCAGACUCGCCUAUGCAUCAAAUGUCUCUUUUAGAUAGCCUUUUGCAAGGGGAACUUCCUUGUGAUUUGGAAAAGAAUAAUCCUGCUUACAAUAUAUUAGCUCUACUACGUGUAUUAGAGGGUUUAAAUCAGCUUGCACCACGUUUACGUGUCCAGGCAGUUAUCGACAGCUUCUCUGAAGGAAAAUUCUCAAGUCUAAAUGAAUUGAAUGUUACUGGUCCUAGGGUUCCUGCUGAUGAGUUCAUCAAUAGUAAAUUGACUCCAAAAUUGUCUGGGCAGAUUCGAGACGUGCUUGCACUUUGCAGUGGUAGUCUUCCAUCAUGGUGUUAUCAGCUGACGAAAGCAUGCCCAUUCUUGUUUCCUUUUGAAACUAGGCGCCAGUAUUUCUAUUCAACUGCUUUCGGGUUGUCUCGUGCAUUACAUCGCCUUCAGCAGCAGCAAGGUGCAGAUGGCCAUGGAUCUAUGAAUGAGAGAGAGUUGAGGGUUGGACCAUUACCGCGGCAGAAAGUCCGUGUUUCCCGAAAUCGUAUUUUGGAUUCUGCUACAAAAGUCAUGGAGAUGUAUUCAAGCCAAAAGGCUGUUCUAGAAGUAGAAUAUUUUGGUGAAGUUGGCACUGGACUGGGUCCUACUUUGGAGUUCUAUACUCUUUUAAGUCAUGAUCUUCAAAGGGCUGACCUGAGAAUGUGGAGAUCUAAUUCUUUGGAUGUCAGCAUGGCAAUGGAAGUUGAACCCGAAGGGAAGAAAGAUGGGAAAACAAAUGAUUCUGGGCCUGCUUCUGGCAGAGGUGCCGGCAACUUUAUCAUAGCACCCCUUGGGUUGUUCCCAAGUCCUUGGCCCGUUGCUGCUGAUUCUUCUGGUGGUGGCCAGUUUGCCAAGGUGAUCGAGUAUUUCAGACUCCUUGGUUGUGUAAUGGCAAAGGCUCUUCAAGAUGGGCGGCUUUUGGACCUGCCCCUUUCAACUGCAUUCUACAAGCUUGUGCUUGGACAAGAGCUUGAUUUACAUGAUGUUUCUUCUUUUGAUGCUGAACUGGGUAAGACAUUGCAAGAGUUGCAAGCCCUUGUUUGUCGGAAACAAUACCUAGAGUCGAUGCCUGGGCAUGACCGCAAUGAAAUACAUGACUUAAAAUUUCGAGGGGCUCCAAUUGAAGAUCUCUGUUUGGACUUCACACUUCCCGGCUAUCCUGAUUUUGUUCUAAAACCAGGCGAUGAAGAUGUCACUAUAGACAAUUUGGAGGAGUACGUUUCGCUUGUAGUUGCCGCUACUGUCAAGACUGGUAUCAUGCGCCAAAUGGACGCAUUCAGAGCCGGUUUCAAUCAGGUCUUUGACGUUUUGGCUCUGCAAAUAUUCUCUCCAAAUGAAUUGGAUUAUUUGCUUUGUGGCCACAGAGACUUAUGGGAGGCUGACAAACUUGCGGAACACAUAAAGUUUGAUCAUGGAUAUACUUCCAAGAGCCCUGCAGUGGUUAAUUUACUUGAGAUAAUGGGAGAAUUCAACUCGGAACAGCAAAGGGCAUUCUGUCAAUUUGUCACUGGUGCACCUCGGCUGCCUCCUGGUGGUUUGGCAGUGUUGAAUCCUAAGUUGACAAUUGUGAGAAAGCUUUCUUCAACAGCCAGUAAUACUGCAACCAAUGCAGCUGGAUUGUCGGAACCUGCUGAUGAUGACUUGCCGAGUGUGAUGACAUGUGCUAAUUACUUAAAGCUUCCUCCUUACUCCACCAAGGAGAUCAUGCACAAGCAACUCCUCUAUGCUAUCAGUGAAGGACAGGGAUCGUUUGAUUUGUCAUGAGUUUUCAUUUGAAACUAACCGAAUUUUGUACAUUGUAUCCGAAAAAGCUUUUGGAAACAUAUCUUAACAACCGGUCUUAUAAAUGGGGUUGCAUUUCAUCUGCUCUGCUCAAUAAAAGUUUCUCCAGGCGCCCUCCCUCCCUGACUGUCAGCAGCGGUCGCAACGUUAAGUUAAUUGCGGAUGUGGUGAUUCGAUCAUGAACGAGGUUUUGCUUCCGAAGGAUGGACGUUUCAAACUGUUUGUUUUCUACAACAAUUGUUGUGUAAAUAACUAGCAGAAUUUGAAAUUUAUCUCUUAUCGACUUCAUGCAUGUAUUCAGGUGUUUACUUGAAAUGUUUUUACCCAUAGUUACAGAGAUGAAUCCUUUGCUGUGUGUCUCUUUCGUAUGAAUUGUCAAUAACUGCGAUUUGAACGGUC